AUGGCUUCAAUGUUAUUGGAUGUUUUUCUGACUACCAAUCCGGACGUUGAGUUCAUACACUGGAAUUAUGUCGACCUAGCAGGACUUGUUGGCUCCCGCUGCGUGCCCAAGUCCAUCUGUCGGGAACUGGCUCAGCAAGGUACGCCUUCGACACUGGGCAGCCUUUCAACUAUUGGUCUUUGCUCCCUCAACGAUCUUCCAUCUAAUUUCAGGACACAUGGGUGGGACUCAUUAUAUCCUGACUGGACAAGUCUGCGAAAGCUUGACACUGGACAUGCAUCGGUCAUGUGCAAUGUCUCCGAAGAAGCCUCCGGCCAUUCUGACCUGGUCAUGGAAAGCCCAUUUCUCCGUUGCUCGCGAUCUGCGCUACAACGUGCGGUCCACUUUGCGCGCAACCGCCUCGGUGCUAUGAUUAUAGCAGGUUUCGAAGUUGAGUUCUAUCUUAUUGACGCCGCCACCGCGAAAGACCCCUCACUCUUCCGCCGUCCCACCUAUACGUUCUUAAAUGGUGCCUGCAGUCUUCGAGGAAUAUAUGCCGAGUGUGCUUUCGAAUGUGUCAAGGCUUUACAGCAAACCGGAAUCGUUGCGAAUGUGUUACAUGCAAUCCGUGGUCCUCAGCAGUUUCAAAUCCCGCUGGGAGCCCUGCCAGUCUUGAAAUCUGUGGACACACUCAUGCAGGCGAGAGAGAUCAUCAGGAGAGCUGCCAUAAGGCGAAACAUGAGAGCCAUCUUCUUGCCCGAGCCCUUCAAAGAAUUGGAGUCGUGCGGUCUCCACGCACAUCUUUCUUUCAACCAAGAGCUGGGCGGGCACAAGGCUUGGAAUCCCUACGAAGGCAUCGAAGAUUCCUUCAUGGCAGGACUAUUAGACCAUCUACCCGCGAUCACGGCGUUCGGUAUGCCUUGCGAGUACAGUUAUGCGCGCGUGAGGGCGGCCGCUGUUGGGAAAUGGGUGGCAUGGGGUACCGGCAAUAGAGACACGCCCGUGAGAAGAAUAUCGCAGAAUCGCUGGGAACUGAGAGCGAUUGAUGCCACAUCCAAUACGUAUUUGACUAUGGCUGCAUAUAUAGCUUUUGGAUCAUUGGGAGCUAUUGCUCGACAAAAGCUGAGGCUGCAAGACACCAGGGAAUUCGUAGAUUCUCUCGACACGGUCACAUUGCGCGAGAGGAGGAUUGAUACACAAAUGCCAGGAAGUUUCAGAGAGGCACUGACACAGUUGCAUCGUGAAAAGGGUAACGAAAAUCUUAGCUCGGUCCUUGGGCCGCAGAUUCUCGACUUUUAUCUAGCUGUCAAGGAGGGUGAGAUAGCGACGCUGGCUUCAAUGACAGAGCGGGACAGAGAAGACAUGUAUUUUGAAAUCUAUUGAGACGAGUUUCCAGAUAGGCCACCAAUAGAAAAGCAC